AUGGAUCUGAGUAUAACGAAUAUAAGGCGAAACAGUGAAGAAACACUAGUGCAGGAAUUGCCUGAAAAUACAGAGGGGUAUGAUGUGGAUACAUUUAAUAGGGCAGAAGAUAUAUCCCAAGAUUUAAGGUCUAGACGAGAUGAUGAUAUUCUCUCUUUCAUUAGUGACACCGCCACUACUAUGAUGGGAGGAGAUUUGUUUAAUCACCUGGCAGAAAGUUAUAGGUUCAUUAGACGACUUUCUGUUGUAUGCUCAUUCUUGCAUCCUGAUGCUACUGUGUUGAAUAAUGGAAGGCCCCUACUUCAGACAUCAACUUCAGUAUUGAGCGUCUUCAAGAAGAACUCUCUGUUUAUGGACAUACAUAAGGUGCAAGCGGAUAAUCAAAAGACUGAGUUUUGUAAAGCGUACUUUCGUGUUCUCUCCAAUAACUUGUCUUGCUACAUUCUAUAUCUCAAUUUGUCAGAAGGCUUGAAGACUCUAGUAAUAAUGAAUAAUGGAAUCAAGCCGUCUAAUGAUUUCAUAUGGAUGGACACAAAAUGCCGUGUAACUGGCGUGACAGGUACAACUUCAACAUUUGCCCAUGGUUCAAUUAAAUUGUAUGUGAUGCGUCCAUCUAGUCCUUCAUUAGUUGAUCGUAUACGCCUAGAUGAAAGGGAGACUUUGAUUAAAAACUUUAAAAUCGAGAUAGAUGGUGCGAAUGAACUUUGUGAUGCUGUUAGAAGACAGGAUAAGCCGAAGGUCAACCAAGUAUACAGUGAAGGUCAAACCUCAUUCAAUUUCCCUUUUGCGUCCUUUCAAGAGGAGAAGAGUGUCAAAGUACUGUCAAAAUAUGUCAAAAAUGGGACGAUAAGAAUUUUUGAGCAAUUCAGCGAAGAUAUAAGCGAAACCAACUUAGUUCUAAUUUGCAUUUUGCUAGUGCUUAGGGAACAAGAAAUGAACAAGUUCAAAGGUAACAAGGGACCUCUUUCCACGUAG